AGGAGAUUGAGCUAAGCGAGAAGGUGUUUGAUGAAAUUCCAGACAGAAAUGUGGUGGCUUGGAGUGCGAUGAUCAGUGGGUAUUCGAGACUGGGGAUGGCUGAUAAGGCUUUAGAUUCAUUCAGGAAUAUGCAGAAGUCUGGUAUUCCGCCUGAUAAGGUGGCACUCGUGAGUGUGAUCUCUGCGUGUGCCAUGUCUGGAGCUUUGGAUUUGGGGGAAUGGCUGCAUGCUUACAUAGAUAAGAAGGGGAUUGAGAAUGAUCUUGAACUUAGUACUGCACUUGUCAACAUGUAUGCAAAAUGCGGAUGCAUUGAAAGGGCAACUGAAGUGUUUGAAGCGAUCCCUGUUAAGGAUGUCAAGGCUUGGGGCUCGAUGAUAUAUGGAUUGGCAAUUAAUGGCCAAGCAGAAGGUGCAUUGAAAUCCUUUACCAGAAUGGAAGACACUAAGGUGAUGCCUAACCAUGUUACUUUUGUUGGAGUCUUAGUGGCGUGCUCUCAUAGUGGUUUGGUUUCGGAGGGAAAAAAGUAUUGGUCAAACAUGAUUGAAUCUGGGAUUGAUCCAUCUUUGGAGCAUUAUGGUUUGAUGGUUGAUCUUUUUUGCCGAUCAAACUUAAUCGAAGAUGCCUAUUCUUUUGUGGAUUCCAUGCUAAUCCCCCCAAACCCAGCAAUACUCCGUAGCUUACUAGUGGGUUGCAAAAAGAAGAAGAUGCUAGAAAGAGGCGAAAUGACCGCCAAACGCCUCAUCGAGAUAGAACCACACAAUGCCGAGAACUAUAUCUUGUUGUCUAGCUUAUACGCUUCUGUUUCAGAUUGGGAGGGAAUGAGACAAGUUAGGAAACAAAUGAAAGCCAAAGAAAUCAAGAAUGCUCCGGGUUGUAGCUCCAUUGAAGUUGACGGGUUUGUGCACGAAUUCACAAUAGGUGAUUCUUCUCAUCCUGAAUCCGAGGAGAUAAAUGGUAUCUUAAGCGAAAUAUCGGAUCGCGUAAAUGGGUCGGGUCAUGAACCGUGGGUUUCUUGUGUACUACAUGACGUGAGCGAUGAAGAGAAAGAAAAUGCACUGUGCCAACACAGUGAGAGGUUGGCUAUUGGUUAUGGCCUUUUGAAAACGAAAGCACCAAAGAUCAUUAGGGUGGUAAAGAAUCUGAGAGUUUGUAGGGAUUGUCAUGAAGUGACAAAGAUCAUUAGUAGGCUGUAUAAUAGGGAAAUCAUUGUUAGAGACCGUGUUAGGUUUCACAAGUUUAUAGAUGGAUCUUGCUCUUGUAAAGAUUUUUGGUGAUCCUUAUUGUGGAGGAGAGUAUUUGAGCCUUAGUUUGUAUGAGUAGUAUUAUACUAUUAUCUUGAGAUCUUUCCCCCAUCCAUGAGUCUCGUUCACUCCUUACUAGUCAGUUAGUCUUGUGCAAGGCAAAAUUUUAGAAAAGUUAUGUGUUUGGAAAAAUAAAAAGAAAUGAAAUUUAUUUAUUUU